CUCUCGCUCCUUGCCAUCUCUCGUUUAGCUCUGGCUGGCUCUUGCUUUCAACGAUGAGGUACUCAGGGGAAACACUCGCAGCUGGCGGGAUGUUCCUGGCAUUGAUAGUGCAGACGGCAGGGUUCCUGUGCCCGACUACGAUCAACCCUCGCUCCAGCGCGGCGCAUCGAGCUGUCGGGAGCGGCAGCACGAGUGCCUCGCCCGUCAGAAGGCAAAACGGCCGGGUGGAGCGGGAAGGGCAGAGGGGUGGUGGUGUCGUCGGCGGGGGGUCGAAGCACGUUCUCGGCGCACGACGACGAGACGACUUCUUCUACGACGCCGACGAUGACGAUCUGUUCGAUGAUGACCUUGACGACAGGCGAGCUGUCGCUCCGCAGAGGAGAAAGAGGCCCAAGGUGCCGCUCUUGCCCGCGACGCUCAGCAAGGCUCUUAUAGCGGGCGUUUUUGUUCUGGGCAUCGGCACUGGGGUGACGGUAGACUCGGCAAUCAACACCGACCCCAGGGAUCUGGCGAGCCGCGACGCCAUCGACCGCAACGCGCCCAACCCCAACAUCUGUCAGACCUACGGGUCUAGUGCCAUGGUGGUGGACCAGCGCGUGUUUGUGACCUUCAACCCGUUCAGCUUGCACGUCUCGCAGGCGGACACCAAGCCGGGUUGCGUGCUGCGAUCGUCCAACGUGGUGGAGGUUCUGCAGCGGAAGCGAGGGCUGCUGACCAACGAGGACGUAGAGACGUGCAAGGGGGGCAUGAACACGUGGGGCUACGUGGGAGACCUGAACGACCACCCGCAGCUGUCCUGCGUAUACCAGAGCGACGACGCGCAGAACGAGUUCCUCUCCAAUCCUAAGUACGGAUUGGGCGAGGACGUGUACGACGAUGACCGGGCAGCCGCGGCAAAGAAGAGCGCCGGGAGCGAGCCCGCGAACGGCCCCCGCGUCAUGUCCGGGACUGUGCAGACCGUGGUGACGGACAGGGCAAAAAUGUAG